AUGAGAGAGAGCGCCCUUAGAUACAUACAAAACAAUCUUGUUUGGCUUACAGCAGGAGUAGCCCUGCGGCAGAUGUCUGCAAGCAGUUGCAUGUCUAGAUAUUCAUACUACGACAUGGAAGAGGUGGAAGAGUACUUCAAGGGAAACACUCUAGCUGAUCAGCCCAGCAUUAUGAACGGAAUAGCAUACAGGCUAAUAACUCUUUUCUGCACCAGAUUCAAAGCCAGCACUGUAGUCUAUGCCAUUACAAUGCUUAGUGACUUCAUCUGUGGGUACCUGUUGGAUAAUUCUGCGUACUUUUUUGUAUCCUCAGUGCUCCCAAGCGAUCUAGUCUCUGCUGUUUGCCUGGUGUUUGUGUUCUACCACAAAAAUCUGUUCAGAAGAUUUAUCGGUCUUUUUCUUCUCCUCGUGUGUUUAGAAAGCACGCACUACAGAUGUGAGCCAGGGAUAAAUGUGUAUUGGUACAUAAACAUGCAGAUGUUCGACGAGUAUAAGACUUUGUUCAACGAGCUAUUUCAGACCACACACUACUUUCUCCUUACUAUGUCAACACUGAGCAAGCUAGCAAGCACUAAGAUCUAUCUGAUAAUGACCUUUAAAGACAUGGGAUACAGAGGAUACCUCCUCGUGUGGUGCAUAAUGGAAAAAGAGUGCAAUAAAAGCAAGCUUUUUAACCUGUGCAGAGGACUCGCUACAGUAGGCGCAGCAAUAGAUAGCAUUGUGUGGUACAUGCUGGUCUAUGGAGGCGUAGGAAAUAUGAACUUUCUUUGCUGGAGUAACGUAAUAACAAUAGUAGCAACAGGCCUAGCUGUUCUAGCACAGGAGUAUAAGGAGCAAAGACACUUAGAAAAAGCAGAAAAAAUGCGUAUAGAAAGUAGCAAUGAAGAGUGUAAGAAAAAAGACAAUCAUUUACUAAAGAGAGACUAG